AUGACGGCCAAAACGCCAGCGAGAUGGGAGGGCCUCACGUGCACACAACGGCGGAUCAAGGACUUCACACUGGAUGAUAACCUCUCGAACCUUGAGACAACGCCCAGACCCUCCCGUCGUCACGAACCUGUAGCAAGUGCCGGCGCCCUUGAAUUCCUUCCCAUCGAAAUUCUUCACGAGGUUUUCCACCAGCUCGACCUGCGCUCGCUUACGUAUCUUCGCCUUGUAAACAGGCAUACCAUAGAACUCGUUAAUGGCCUGCCGCAAUUCAGCGACGUUAUCCGACACGCCUUUAACGCACUACGGGGUAUUUUGGUUAUCGGAACCGGGUCCUGUAUCUCUUAG